AUGACUAAAGAUUUGUACCACUUAAGUAUUGAACAAGACAAAAUAAUAGAGAUACAGAAACAGAUCACCGAUCCUAUACAAUGGCCUGCACCAAAAUUUUCUCAAAUUUUAGAUUUAAAAAGUCACCAUUACGAUGAUGUCCUACGUUUGAUAAAGCAUCAUUUUUUUCCGAAUGAUCCAAUGUGCAAAGCUAUUAAUUUAAUACGGGAUAAUGUUUCAAUAAAUAAUUAUCUUGAACUUAUUCGUGUUUGGAUGAAAGACACAAUGAGUUUAGUUGCUAUUAGUUCUAAAUCAGAACGAGUUAUUGGAACAGCAAUUAUGAGAAUCGAUAGUUUAUUCGAUAAAACUAACACGCACUCAAGAAUGCAAAUAUUUGAAGGCGAAGCGUUAAAAAAAAUAAUGAAUUUAACCAACACAUUAGUGAAACAAGUAGAUGCUUACACACAACUUGAUUAGUUUUGAGAGAAAUUUAUUAUAGUCGUUGGUUCGUUGAUGAUGAAAUUGUAUUUACUAAUCCGGGAACUGGAAAUUAUUCUGUCGCCUUUAUGGGAGUGUCUACAUCUGCAAUGGAUUAUCCUCUCAACUCACACAAAAUAGAAGAAGAUAAGAGUUGAAAAGAAAAAAUUAUAGAAAAAAAGCCAUCAACAUUAAUAAGUUUUCGCAAAUUGUUAACAGAAAUAUGAAAAUGACACAUAUUGAAGGAUACAUCUUUAUAAUAAAUUUUAAAAAAUUGGAAAAUUCAAAAGCACACACCUUAAUUAGUCAUGAUACAGUGAAAAAUAAAUAACAAUUGAAAUAUAAAUAUAUACGUAUG